AUGGACGCCACAGCCCAAGAAGAUAUCAGAGCUCAAUUCCACAGAAUCCCUGUCCAAAGAAAGCUUGAGCUGCUCACCGUAUUUUUGACCGGCUGUUUCAUCUAUCUCUACUGUCUCAUGAAGAUGCUCAACACAAUCCCCGCUAUCAAGAGGAACCCCUUCUUCUUUCGCCUUGUCAUUGCCGUUGGCAUAUUCGCUCGAUGGUUCAACAAUCCGACGAUGUAUGGUUGGGUUCUUGGAUUUGAGGAAGGACAUCCAGGAGACCUCUUAUUCUUCCUCCUUGUGAUCUUCAGCCUGUUACUCCAUCUGCUCAAGUCUUGGGCUGUGAUACACGCAAUGAUGCACUGGGAAUCCUUGCCUGGCAGACUCUUCGUGAUGUAUGUCUGGUUCUUCCGUCCAUUCAAGUACAUCAUUUGA